AGAGAGAGAAACAGGGAGGGUAGGCCGCGCGCGCGGUGGCUGAUCGAGAGAAAGAAGGUCCGGUGGCGGGGUAGCGCGGUGCACGGGGGUGAAAGGGUGACGCGAGAGCGAGAGCGAGAGAGAGAGAAAGUGAGUACGCGUUCGCGUCUUUUCGACGUCGACGCAACCGGGUUGGCGCAGAAUAGCUGCUCAGUGCUCGUCGAACGGCGCCGCGCUGCGACGGGACGAUGCCGCCGCGCCCUGCGCCACCGAUCGACCGAUCUCAGAUGGUGUAAUCCGUGGAUACCGAUGACCACGUCGAUCCACGGUUCUCGCUGGCAUCAGCCGAUCGAUCGUCGAUCGUCGUAAGCGGCGCGCGGAAACCAAGAUGUGACGGGCAAUGUAUCUCUGACGGUUUCUCGCAUUAAAGACCAGACGCAUAGCGCUGGACUUAAUAGGGCGAACGUGUGUAAUAAUGAAGUUUGACAGUUCUCUCGCACUUGAAAUUGGUCGGUGUACAGAAGCCGAGGCAGGGACAGUCGGAGAAAUGAGACGGACGGAGGGAGAAAGCGAGAGACUACGAGUACCCUCGGAUGAUGAAGUACCCGACGGUUUUGACACGACGAGCGGCAAACAGAAUGGAGUUACUACGGGGGAGCGAUGUUUUCCCGGAUUUCCAAGUGAGGGUAUCCCGGACGACAUGAACUCGAGCGGAGAAUCCAGCGGAACGAUGUCGGAAGAUUACGAAGUCGGAGGCUGCAGCGUGCCGGAAGAGGAGACGGGCUCGAAUCUGCCGACGUGGGAGGCGGUGGCAGCCACGCUGACCCUGGGCUUCCUCGUGCUGGCGACGGUGUUGGGCAACGCGCUGGUGAUUCUAAGCGUCUUCACGUAUCGGCCGCUACGGAUCGUCCAGAACUUCUUCAUCGUCUCGCUGGCGGUGGCCGAUCUCGCGGUGGCGAUCCUCGUGAUGCCGUUCAACGUAGCCUACCUGCUGCUGGGCAAGUGGAUCUUCGGCAUCCAUCUGUGCAAGCUGUGGCUGACGUGCGACGUGCUCUGCUGCACCGCCAGUAUCCUCAAUUUAUGCGCGAUCGCGCUCGAUCGUUACUGGGCCAUCACCGACCCGAUCAAUUACGCUCAGAAACGCACCCUCAAGCGAGUCCUCGGGACGAUCGCCGGCGUGUGGAUCCUCUCGGGCGCGAUCAGCUCGCCGCCGUUGGCCGGCUGGAACGACUGGCCGGAGGAACUGGAGCCAGGCACGCCCUGUCAGCUCACCAGACGGCAAGGUUACGUCAUAUACUCCUCUCUGGGCUCCUUCUUCAUUCCGUUGCUGCUGAUGAGUCUGGUCUACCUGGAGAUCUUCCUGGCGACGCGCAGGAGGCUGCGGGAACGAGCCCGGCAGAGCAGGCUCGGCCAGAUGCAGUCGACCAGGCAUCGCGAGACCGACGACGCCGAGGAGUCGGUCAGCUCCGAGACGAAUCACAAUGAGCGCUCGACGCCUCGGCUGCAGGCGAAGCCGUCGCUGAUCGACGACGAGCCGACCGAAGUGACGAUAGGCGACACCGACCGUCGUCCCACCAGCGCCUCCACCAGACGAGGUGCCGGCGGCGCCAGCGACGCCGUUCCCACCACCUCGACCGUCUACCAAUUCAUCGAGGAGCGACAGCGGAUCUCCUUGUCGAAGGAGAGACGCGCGGCGAGAACCCUGGGUGUCAUCAUGGGCGUCUUCGUCGUCUGCUGGCUGCCCUUCUUCCUCAUGUACGUCAUCGUGCCGUUCUGCCCGGCCUGCUGCCCGUCCGAGAGGGUGGUCUACUUCAUCACGUGGCUCGGCUACGUCAACAGCGCUCUCAACCCCCUCAUUUAUACCAUCUUCAAUCUCGAUUAUAGAAGGGCGUUCAGGCGGCUGCUGCGAAUCCGCUGAGCUCUCCUCGCGCGGUUCCUUCGCGCAGGGGCGCGCGAUCGGCACCCCCUUUGGGCUUUGGCGGAGAGGGGGAGAUCCGAAUCCCUCUCGUCGAUCUCGCGGCGAUCGCCUCUUGUACGCCACGACUUCUGUAUACCCGAGCCUUCCGUCUGCAAAACCAGCGGGAGUCGUUCGAAUCAAGUUCUUCGUCCACGGGAAAAGCGCGUCGGGAUGGCGAUACGUCGCGAUUAACGGCAAUUUAGACGUCUCGCAUACCCCGAUCGCUCGUUCGCGCGCAGCUCAUUACGCGUUACGCGGUACACGCGGUGAAAACUUGGCGCAGUCAACACAGAGAUGACGAUGACGAGUUACGAAAUGGCGAAGCUACGACUUGGAGCAAGUAAGUUACCAGCAAAUUCGCAAGAUUACUACCGUUUUACCGCCGAGUUACCAACUUCCCCCCGCCCACGAAACUUGAUAAUUUAUUUUCGAUUACCGCGUCUAAUUAAGGUAUCAAGCGUGUUAACGCGAGCGGUUACUCCAAUGAGUAGCGAUGAAGAAAACACGGCCAUAAUUCCCUACUGAAGGAACACGUGAUAACGCACUGUUAUUUAUAUCAAAGGGAAGAGAGGAAAAAUACGUCAAUUUCGACGUCACGAGCAGACAUAACGGCGGAAGAUCAAAGGUCAUUAUUACAAUUGAUAGAACCAAUUUAUCCCUAGUGUUUGAUCCCUGAAUCAAAUACUUGCGCAAGGUUGUGAAUUAUUAUAUAUAACUUUCCAAGUAAAUUUUUCCUUUUUAUGGAACGCGAAAAGUUGAACGCCAUAAGAAUCUCGAAAAUCUCUUUCAACUGAUGGUAUAACGAAUUGCCGUGAGACUCCGAAAGAGAGAGAGAGAGAGAGAGAGAGAGAGAGAGAGACAGAGAGAGAGGGAGAGAGAGAAGCGAUGUGCACUUAUCGUCGGAACCUGCCUGAAAAUUUAUCAGGAAUUCCGAGAAGACGUUGGGGGAAAAUGGAUACGGUUUCAUUCGAGAAGUGCACGAAGCCCAUUGCAAUCAAGAUUGGCAGCCAGGCCGUUGCCGCGCCGCGCGCUAAUCCGGUCCUCGAGAGCUUUCAAGUUGAAAGAAAACUUUCCGCGGGAGUGAUAAAGGAAAUUAUGCUUCCUGUGUUGGCCGGCGCGACCACCUUCCCCGCGAAUGUCAUUAUGUAAAGCAUCGUCGGCUCUCUAUAUGGAUUUUCUCUCUUCCGUGGUUUCGAUGAUGAAUCUAGCUGCGCUGGAAGAUGAUUAAUGAUUGAAUUUAGCGCCCGGGAGCGUGUAAAUGCGAUUUAUCGCUAGAUCAAUAAUGCUCGAUACCGGCAGUGUAAUGGAAUCGAGGUCAUCGGGGAGGUCUCUCGCGAGAAGCUAUCGUCAUUUCCUUUUCUCGUCGCGCGCACAGUUUCCGUCUCCCUCCCGCGAUGAGAUGUCACGAAGCGACGCGACGCGACGCGACGCGACGCAACGCAACGCAACAGCGGCGGCGAGAGCAAAAGAAAUGUCUCUCUUCGUGUGGAGUGUGUCGAGUAACCGCGCGUCUGUCGGCGAAAGAAGAGGACGUGUGCUUUUCUUCUACCAACGAGACAAACGGAGAAAUAAUAUCGUACGUGCGUUUCUAGGUAGGCGCACGCGGUAGACGCGCGUACGUCCACCGAACGUUAACAAUUGCAAGUAUUACGGUUGUGAAUAAUUAAUAAUAGUACUGUAAACCCAAGAGCCCCGAUGCGCGCGGGGCACGUAGCGUAAGGAGGCAUUCGUUCGUCACCACCGAGGCGGUCGUUUAUUCGCGGGGCGUGACUUUGAAAUCUCUGCGGUUUUACGACACGCGGCGGUCGCGACUGCGGCCGUAUAAA